GCAAGGCAGUAGCAGUAGCAAUCCAUUGCCAUGGCCGGCCACUUGGGGUUGGGCAGGGUGCCCCUUUCCCAAAAGCCACUCCUCUCAAUUCUCAAGUAGUAGUAAAUUAUAAUAAUUGUUCUUGUAUCUCACUCACUCACUCACUCAAUUGCCUCAUGCUGCAAAGCCUCAUGCUUUGUCGGCCCGGCCCCCCUAGCUUAAGCUUAGCUUAGCUUGCUAGUUAACUCUCUCAUCAUCUUGAUUUCGAUCUCUCUCUCCUGAUUAGCCAUGAGCAAGAUGAUGAUCACCAGCUGGUGCUAGCUAGUGCUAGUGCCAGUGUCCAGUGGUGGUAUAUAGCUGCUGCCGUUGUGAGUCUUAGCUUCGCCUUGGUCGCCGAGACCUUUGCUUAGACGGCGGUUUUCCCAGCUACCUCACUCCAGAUUGGUUGCUUGCUUGCUUUCUGCGUCGUCGUCUGCGUCUUCUUCUUCAUUGGGCGAAGCAGAGAUUGCUACAAGAAGAAGCACUCAGAGUGUCAGUGAGUGUGUACUCCGAGCUCGAGGGAGGGAGCCUGCCGAUCGAUGUAUUCAUCUUGGCGCGGGAGCGGCAUCGUCAGCGAGAGGAGGAGGAAGAAGAAGCUCCACUGCUGCUGAUGGCGUCAUCAGCUGCCUCGUCGCUGCUUGUGGCGGUGGUGGUGCUGGUUCUUGUUGCUGCUGCGGAGGCGGCGGCGGCGAACGAGACGUCGUCGUCGGCGACGGCGGCGCUGCGGGCGGGGCGGGAGCUGCGGAGGUACAGGAGGGUGCAGGCGCUGCUGCGGCGGGUGAACAAGCCGGCGGUGCGGACGAUCGAGAGCCCCGACGGCGACCUCAUCGACUGCGUGGCGGCGCACCUGCAGCCGGCGUUCGACCACCCGAGGCUGCGCGGGCAGAGGCCGCUGCGGGGCCCGCCGGAGAGGCCGAGGGGGUGGCGGCCGCGGCCGGGGCCGAACGACACGGCGGCGGGCGACGCCGGCGUCCAGCUGUGGGCGUCGUCCGCCGGCGGCGCGUCGUGCCCGGAGGGGUCGGUGCCCAUCAGGCGCACCACGGAGGCCGACGUCCUCCGCGCCAGCUCCGUCAGGAGGUUCGGCCGCGCGCCCACGGCGAGGGUUCGCCGCGACUCCGUCUCCGGCGGCCACGAGCACGCGGUGGGGUAUGUGGCCGGGGAGGAGUACUACGGGGCGAAGGCGAGCAUCAACGUGUGGGCGCCCAAGGUGAGCACGCCGGAGGAGUUCAGCCUCUCGCAGAUCUGGGUCAUCGCCGGCUCUUUCGGCAACGACCUCAACACCAUCGAGGCCGGCUGGCAGGUGAGCCCCCAGCUGUACGGGGACAACUCUCCCAGGUUCUUCACCUACUGGACGACGGACGCGUACCAGACGACGGGGUGCUACAACCUGCUCUGCUCGGGGUUCGUCCAGACGAACAGCAGGAUCGCAAUGGGGGCGGCCAUCUCGCCGACGUCCGGCUACAAGGGCGGCCAGUUCGACAUCAGCUUGCUCGUCUGGAAGGAUCCGAACCACGGGAACUGGUGGCUGGAGUUCGGGAAUGGGGAGCUGGUGGGGUACUGGCCGUCGUUCCUGUUCAGCCACCUGGCGUCGCACGCGAGCAUGGUGCAGUUCGGCGGCGAGGUGGUGAACACGAGGGCCGACGGCGGCGCGCACACGGCGACGCAGAUGGGGAGCGGGCACUUCGCCGGCGAGGGGUUCGGCGGCGCCUCCUACUUCCGCAACCUGGAGGUGGUGGACUGGGACAACAGCCUUGUCCCCCUCGCCGCCGGCUUCCACGUCACCGCCGACCACCCCGACUGCUACGACAUCCAGGGCGGCGUCAACGCCGUCUGGGGCAACUACUUCUACUACGGCGGCCCCGGCAAGAACGUCAAGUGCACCUAGCCAUGCUGAUAGAUUUCUUCUUCUUCUUCAAUUCUUCUUCUUUUUUUUAAAAAAAAUAUGGAUCUGGUGGUCUUUUUUUUUUUUUAGUUUUUACCAAAGGUUGGUUUCUCAAAAGGGAGAAUGGUGGUUUCUUUUUUGAUUUUUGAUGAUGAUCUGAAAUGUUGAGGUGAUGAGGUGCCGAUUGAGGCCAAAGGAUGUAAGGCUAGCAAAGGUUGAUCAGCUAGUUUGUGGGUUGUACAAGUGUUGUAGUCCUCAACAAUGUAGUCAAAUUGGUAGUAUAUACAAGCAUUGUCAAUUUUAUAA